ACUUGUGAAGGUUUUCUGCUGUCCGCUGCAGUGUUCCCUCCGCUGAUUGUGUUCAUUGUAAACAGUGUGUCAUUAACCUGUGGAGAGGGACCAAGAGUAACACUUACUGAAGGAUCACUCGUAGUGAGGUGUGCCACACACACACACACACCUCCUGUACAGUAAACAAGAGCACAUUAACGUGAGGCUGUGACCCAAAGAAGUGAACGUGCUCCCUUCAGGAGUGUAAAGAUAUUGGACCGAAUUAAUUUUGUCGGCAUAUGAUAAAAAGGAAUCCUCUGUGACGUGAAAACCAGAACUUGUACGGUGGUGCGUGAAGAUCAGAGAGUAGCAGCAGGGCGUGUUGAGCCACAAGGGAGGCGUGUAGGGCGUGGCGAUGGAUCCCGCAGACAUCAACACCCACCCGGACAACACUGCCGACGACCACGACCACACCCUCACCAAUGGCGACGGCGAAGGGUUGGAGACGCGCGGUAGUGAGCGGGGUGCCAGUACAGCCAGAAGAGCUUGAGCGGGUCCUACGCAGUGUUGGGGACGUGGAGAAGUGUGAAAAGUACGCCCAGGACGGUCACACGCAGGUGGUGCAUGUAACAUAUGAGACCAUGGAUGCAGCAAGGGAGGCAGCCCAGCGACUCAAUGGUUACAAUUUAGAAGGUGGGAUUCUUCGUGUGGACCGUUUAAUGGAUCGUAGGCGUGGACCUAGGGGUGCCAUGGGUGGUGGUCCAAUAAGUGGUGGACGCAUGGGAGGCCCCGGAGCAACCUCCCCGUCUCAGCGACACACAGACUUCCCCCUUCGUAUCUUAGUAUUGAGCGAGAUGGUUGGAGCUAUCAUUGGUCGUCAAGGGUCCACAAUCAGGACAAUCACACAGCAGACCCGUGCCAGAGUAGAUGUUCACAGAAAGGAUAAUGCUGGUUCUCUGGAGAAAGCCAUCACUAUCUAUGGCAAUCCUGAGAAUUGCACCAAUGCUUGUAAACGAAUACUAGAAGUCAUGCAAGAGGAAGCCGAUAAUACAAACAAAGGAGAGGUCCCCCUGAAGAUUCUUGCUCACAACAACCUUAUUGGCCGCAUCAUUGGGAAGGGAGGAACUACUAUCAAGAAAAUUAUGGAUGAUACAAGCACUAAGAUAACAGUAUCUAGCAUCAAUGACAUCAACAGCUUCAACUUAGAAAGAAUCAUCACAAUAAAGGGUAACAUUGAAGAUAUAGCUAUGGCAGAGAAUAUGAUUAGUGCCCGCUUGAGGACGAGCUACGAGAGUGAUCUGCAGGCUUUCGCUCCUCAGAGUGCAAUGUUCCCUGGUUUACAUCCAAUGGCCAUGAUGUCCACUGUAGGAUUUGGUCUGCCACGUGGUGGUGGCGGUGGUGCCGGCAUGGGCAUGUAUGGGUCAUCGCCAACCUCGUAUCCACCACUGUAUCCAACACCUAUACCUGGUCAACAAGGUUCACAAGGUUCAGAGGUGUGCGAGGAAGUGGCAUUCCUUUAUAUCCCCAACUCUGCUGUUGGCGCCAUUAUUGGAACAAAAGGCUCACAUAUUCGCAACAUUAUUCGGUUUAGUGGAGCAUCUGUGAAGAUUGCACCUUUGGAGGAAGAAGGACGACCCACAGAACAAACUGAAAGAAAAGUAACAAUUGUUGGUACGCCAGAAGCUCAGUGGAAGGCACAGUUCCUGAUCUUUGAGAAGAUACGUGAGGAAGGUUAUGGUGUUGGCGUAGAGGAUGUACGAUUAACUGUGGAGAUUGUUGUUCCAUCAUCACAGGUUGGACGUAUAAUUGGUAAAGGAGGUCAAAAUGUGCGUGACCUUCAGCGUCAAACAGGUUCAGUAAUCAAGCUUCCUCAGCAAGGAUCCACUACUUCAGAAGAAACUACCGUCCACAUCGUAGGCCCCUUCUUUUCUGUACAGUCAGCCCAACGCCGUAUCAGAGCUAUCAUCCAGAUGUCAACAGCUCCCAGCAGUGGGCGUCUUAGCCGGGUACCCUUGACAUCACGAAUGCAGUGAGGUCAUUGAUAGAGAUGACAUCGUAACCAAGUCCUGCCCACAUGCCAGCGCCACGCCCCAAGCAACAUACCAAAGAGACGGAGAUGUUGGAGCUUAGGACUGACUGUGUGUGUCGGCGGCUUCCCUCACUUGACCUCGCUUGCUUGCUUGUUUUGCCUCUGGGGCCCAGGCUGGUUGACCUGAGCUUGACUAACGCAUCACGUAUCUCAGGGGGAUUGUCUGAAGUAGAGUAUUUGCAUUGUAGCUGUUGGAUUGAUUUGCGUUGAUGUAUAUGUAGGGUCUUGUUUUGUUUAUCAUAGAAUAUGAUUUUGUUUACAGCGGAUGUGAAAUGCUUCUAGUGAUUGCCUUUAAAGAGAUAUUCAGGUAAUACCUUUGUCAUUAUACAAUGAGUGUGAUGUGCGCUUGCUUUGGCUGUCACCCGUCCUGGGCCCCAGACACGAGUUGUGACAAAGGUGCAUCAAGUAACUGAGAGAGCAUUGUGUUGUGUAGUACCCAAGCCGCUUGUGCACAUUUGUGUGCACGUAGGCAUGUGUGUGCAUACGUUGAAUGCACCUGAGGCUCCUGUGUUGAGUUCUGACCCCCUGUGUACACUUGUUGGCUGCACCAGUCAAUUUCGCGGCCAGCAAAGACGAGUCAUUAGACACCAAGCAACUUUUAGCCCAGUGGCUUGUGUUGAAGUGGUGUUGUCUGCUCGUCUAGUUAGUGUGGGCACUGUUGAUAUCAGGGCUCCGCUGUUUAGUUAACUAGUACAAAAGUUUGUGGAAUAUAAUGGACCAUUGUUAUAAUAUGGUCUUUUUUGUACGCAAAGUUAUAGCAAAGUUUAUUUUUGAUACAUUGUUGGAGCAAUUUUUUUGUUAAAUUUUUUUUAAUGAAGGAAAAUAUUGUAAUGUAGCAUGGAAAAUGCUAUAUAAAAAAAAAGCCUUGUCAGCACUCUCCACAUACCACCUCUCUUCAGGUCAGUAGAUCCUAGACUGACUCAAUGGGGGACUUGGCAUGCGUUCAAGUCGCAUCGUUUUCCGCUACUCCAUAAAGGUAGACACCAUACCACAGUUUGACAAGGAAAUUUUAAGAAACUAUUACAGGGGAUCAAAAUUCCGAACUCACAAAACAAAACAAUGUAUGCAAAACAGGAAAUGAUGUAUACUCUAUAUGAAAUGCCCACUGAUUUUGUAGUACCAUGAACAUUGAAAUACUUCACUCAGGUGACUCUAGAAGCUGAUUGAUGCAGCACAGGUGUGCCAUGUGCUGCAUCUGUGACUGUGGGGUGGCGGCACGGGGCGCACACCUCACCCCCACCCCACCUGUGCUACCUCACUCCUAUGCCAACCCUCAUCCCUGCAGCACCAGAGCAAUUCCUCAUUUGAAACUUUAUGCGAAAUUCCCUUCUACCAUUUGUGUUAUCCUGUGUAAGCUUCUCCUAUUUUUAUUUAAUGUUGAUGAAAGCACCAAGAGAUACUAAUCAAUUUUGCAUUGUACUAAGGGGAAUGGUUGCAAUGUUUGCCUUUAAAAGGUAUGAGACAUGAUCAGCACUUGAAUUGUUUGAAAUAUAUGUAAAUAUGCAUGAAUUUGGACCACUUUCUCCAGUUACGCUUAAGAGGCAGCCAAGAAAUUAUUAACCUAAAGGUAUGUGUAUGAUCAGCUGAUCCUGUUACAUACCCAUUCUGUGUGAGAGUCUCUUGGGUGUUUGCAUGUGUGUUAUCAGCUGUUGCUGUACCUAAUUUUCAAUUAAUAAUUGAGGACUUGCUAGGAUGCUGUGGGACUGAGACCUGCUGCUGAUUGCCCCAUUACAAAGAAUGGAAGUGUUAAGGGUAUAGUAAAGGAAACUUCCAUAUGUGAUACUGGCUAGUUAAUUUGUGGCUUCACUGGUAUCCCAGCAUUCUUGGUAACUGUGUGAGUGUUCGCAACAACAUACCAUUCAGAGCUCUCAACUGCUUCUCAAUGACCAAUUAAGUUUAGGGAGUUGCACCUGUUGGUGUACCAUAGCCCAUAGCAGCUAUUAAAAAUACUGGGUUGUUAGAACCACAACUGGGCUUGUUUUAAGUUAACUAUACCAUGCCCUUUCCCCUUCUGUGCCUUCAGUGUUGGGCAACAAGAAGGCCAUGAUUCUAAAACAUAACUUGAAAUCAGCUAAAGAUUCUUGCAUAGACUGGCUUUGAAAUGUGAUUGGCUGUGUUAAUUGUAAAUGUUGUUAUUAGAUCUAAUUGGUUUACUAUUUUCCUCUGCCAUGCUGGUUUUAAGUAAUGUUUGUGGAGUACAGGCCAAAGCCUCUGCAGAUACAUGUUGGUUGUAGGUGCGUUCCAUGUAGAUGCUCUGUUUGAUUACGGUUAUGAAAAAAAUUCUAUUCUGCCUGUAUUCCCACUGGACUGUAUAUGAUAUGAUUGGUGAUUAUGAUACUUAAAUAUUGCAUCAGUGAUUCAUUUACUAAUUGCAACAGAAAUUUGAAGUCCUAUUGAAAUGCUAUCUUGCAUUCAAAAUCGCCAAUGGUACCACAUUUGUCGUCUGAUUAUAAACAGCACUUGGUUUUGCGCUAGUGUAUGUAACAGUUUCCUCACUGGAUAACCUUUCAGAUGACAGGUUUCGGGCCCCUCCGUCUGGAUGCUUGUAGAAAAAUAUGAUCUGAUGAAAAAUCGUUUUACUGGUCUGGGAGUUCAGAAGUUGCAACCCCACAUUCACUAUCACACUUAUUAAAAACACACAUUAAUCUAUCCUGCAUAUCCAAAUUGGCACAUUUUUUGUUUCUGCAAGUAUUCAGGCAAAGGGCUCCUUUCAUAGUACUCUUCAAGUUUGUUUAGCUGUUAUGUUUAGAUUAUGUAUGAGGACUUCUUACCCAUCAUGGUUCACUUCUUGGAAUUAGUUGUGCAGCACUUGAAGACUUCCGGGUGGAAAGAAAGGAUGUUUUAAAUCUAUUAAGUUGUAUUUGAAGAAUAUAUUUUCUUCAUAUAACAUUAAUAUUUUGUCGAGUGCUCAGUGCUUACUUGCUUUUUGACAUAUCACCCCAGAUUUAUCUUGUCUAUUUUGUCUCCUUUCCAUCCCCCCCAACCCUACUUGUCGUAGCCCUUCUCAUAUUUUUUGUUACCAUUUUUCCUUUCUUUCAAAUUUUCUUUUUUCCCUUUCUUUCUAUUAUAUUUAUUAUUUGUUGUUUUCGAAUAAUAGGUAAAAGGAUAUAUUGCAUUUUUCCACCCUACGGUUUUCUUUCCACUCGCUGGUGUUUGGAAGGUGUCGUCUUUGCAGCCCUAGUGUACGUACAGCUGUAGCUAACGUACAUAGAGCUACUUUGCGGUAUCUCCCACUGUGGGCGGCAGAUGUAGGUGGUGUGGGUGUGGGUAUGACUGGGAUUCUGUAAUAUAAAAUGAGCUAUGUUUGUCCUCGCCAGACCUUCACCCCACCACUUCCAUCUAUGCCAUGCUGAGGGUUCCAUUGUUCCAAGGUGUCCCCUUGUGGCCCAUAAGUUUAUUAGACAGCAGUCUCUCCUAUUUGGUUCCAGGAUACAACAUUUUUAUUGUUAUAAAUGAUUAUUUAAAUCAUUAUCAGAUAUGGAUUAUUGACUUAUAUUAUUUCUUGAAAUGAUUUGAGUGCUGUCACUUGAACAUUGCUUAUUCUUGAAAUCAAAUAGGAAAGGUUGAGUGCCAGUGACUUUUCAAGGUUACAUAUAUAAUGCCUGGUGGCCAUGGAGUCCAAAAUGUUGCUGUUUGGCCAAUUGUUAUUGGCAACUUUGGAUGAUGGUAGUCAGGUGGGUAAUUGUAACCGAGGCCAGUGGGGCCUUGCGCCUUCAGACAGGCACUCAUAACCCCUCCCCCUCCCCCCUUCUCCAAGGUGCCUCUGACUUUAUCCACCCCCCUUCCCCUCUAAAUCCAAUAGUCAAUUGGUCCCGGGGUUGAUCAGUGUUUUAUUCAGCUGGCCACAUUUCUCAGAACCAACAUUGGCUCUGUUUUGGAGGGUGCCUCAGUACAACAGGUCUGGCUCAUCUGCCCAGUCUUUGUGUCCUCCUGACCCAGCGGCGCUCCACAUCAGUGUACAAAGCAUCAAUCCCGCCUCCUCUGCACCUCCCACCGUGUGCCUCGCGCCGCUGUUGCUGUUGAAGGGGGGCUCACCUCAGCCAAGUAACCACUUCAAUCCUGGGCCAGCCUGGAGGGGCAUCCUACCGCAUUAUGCCUCUACUGUAACCAACCAGUCUGCCUGAAGCUGAGCUUGAAUACCAGAUCCAGGCCAUGCCACCACAAUCCACUACCACAAUCCACCACCACCACAACUACUCCACAACCACCACAUUUGGGUACCAGCCACUGCUUCUCCUCUCUACUGGUUCAAGUAAUAAACAAUUUCAGGUUAA